UUGUGAAUUAUUCUGAAUCUAAGAAUAUUUAUUCAAUCUUUUUGUAAUUAGUGUUUUCUAUACGUGAAUUAUUAUGUUUCAAGCUCAUACUAUGUGUUUCAUUUUAUAUUUCAGGCAAAAUAAGUGCAUAAAACCAUGGCUGAUGUCGAAGUUGAAGUACCAAGCAACCCCGUCCUAAGCGGUGGUGCUAUGGAUGUUAACACAGCCCUGCAAGAAGUAUUAAAGACAGCCCUCAUCCACGGUGGUCUCGUACAUGGUCUUCACGAAGCCGCCAAAGCUCUCGACAAGAGACAGGCUGUGCUCUGCGUACUAGCUGAGAACUGCGACGAGGAUGCAUACAAGAAACUAGUACAGGCCCUCUGCAACGAACACCAGAUCCCACUCGUAAAGGUGGACAACAACAAGAAGCUUGGUGAAUGGGCGGGAUUAUGCAAAAUCGACAAAGACGGCAAAGCGAGAAAAAUUGUCGGCUGCUCUUGUGUAGUAAUCAAAGACUUCGGUGAAGAAACUCCCGCGUUAGAUGUGCUGAAGGACUACCUUAAGUCUUCAAGCUAAUCUCUAGGUGUAAUGAUAUAAAUAAAAAACCCAAAAAAAAUUUAUUUGUUUUAUUUUACU